AUGGCUGUCGCGAAACCAGUCAGAGUACUCGGCGCGCUUUCAAUUGCCUUGUUCUUCUUCCUCGUCUUCACCUUUGUCCGACAGCCUCCAGCAAUUCAUACACCUGGACAUGAGGAUGGACAGAUAAUUUCGAAGAUGGAGAGGGAUCCUCUCCUAGACCCAAUUGGCGAACCACCAGAACCACUAUGGAGGGCCGAUAAGUACGCGGCUGACAAUCCAGACUCACCUCGCAUCAAUGCCACUCUCCUUGUCCUCGUCCGCAACGAAGAACUGAAAGACCUUCUGCCAACCAUGCAACAACUAGAAGAGCACUGGAACCACAAGUUUAAUUAUCCAUGGACCUUCUUCAACGAGGUCCCUUUUACCGAUGAAUUCAAGCGUCGGACACAGGCCCUCACCAAAGCCAAAUGUAAUUAUGAGCUCAUACCUAAAGAACACUGGGCAACACCCGACUGGAUCUCACACGAAUUAUACGAAGAAAGCACCAAAAUCUUAAAAGAGAACAACGUCCAGUACUCGACCAAGGAAUCCUACCACCAAAUGUGUCGCUGGAACAGCGGCAUGUUCUACCAUCACCCAGCACUCAAAGACACCCGGUACUACUGGCGCGUGGAACCGAAAGUCAAGUUCUUCUGCGACAUCGACUAUGACGUCUUCCGCUACAUGCAAGAUCACAAUAAAACCUACGGCUUUAACAUCAACCUCUAUGAUGCCCCAGAAUCGAUUCCUACGCUCUGGCCGGAGACGAUCAAAUUCCUAGCUGCCCAUCCGGAGUACCUGCACGAGAAUAACGCUAUGAAGUGGCUGGUCGACAGCGAAGCAAGGCCUGAGCACAACGAGAAGGCGCAUGGAUACAGCACGUGCCAUUUCUGGAGUAAUUUCGAGAUUGCUGAUAUGGAGUUCUGGCGGAGCAAGGCAUACGAGGACUACUUCAAUCACCUAGACCGAGCUGGGGGUUUCUUCUACGAGAGAUGGGGCGAUGCGCCUGUUCAUUCUAUUGCCUUGGGCUUAUUUGAGGAUGCUUCAAAGAUCCAUUGGUAA